AUGCUUGCCACCAGCUCCAUUGCACCAGAAUGGGCGGAACAAGAUCUGGUCCUGAUGCUGUUGGACAUUCGCGAACAAGCACACAGCCAGCUGCAUUUGUGGGGAGCGACCUUAGGCCACGAGAUCGUGCUGGUACAUGUGGACGAUUUCCAUCCAUACUUCUACAUUCCUGCUCCUCUGCAAACGGGCAGUGGAGGCAAAGACCAAGACGAGUGCUUGCCGCCGCAACCAUUGUCAGAUGUCGACUGUGAUAAGUUGAGAUUGUGGAUGAAUGACUGCUUAGAGACAAACAAUCGACUGGUGGAUGUUCAACUUGUGAAAAGGAAGCCCAUCAUGUAUUACCGCCCAAAACACCCAGAAGGGGAGUGGUUUCUGAAGUUGACUGUUGCGAUGGGCGGCAAUGUGAAAAAGACAGCAUCAAUGGUUGCAAAUGCCCUUUCGGACGGCAGGCUCUCCAGCUUGGGUUUCCAGUGGAAAGACACUACAACGUAUGAAGAAGAGGUGAAGCCCAUCAUUCGGUUUUUGUGUGACACAUCCCUAUCAGGCAGUUCAUGGAUUUCCAUCCCCCCUGGGCGUGUGCAUGCUUCGGCAGCCCGUCACAGUGACAGUUCUGGAGGCCCUCAGCAGCCUUCAGGCACUGGUUUCGAGGUUGCGGACAGCAGAGACUCGAACAGCGACCUGGAAGUCAUUGCGUCAUGGAGAGCGCUUCGUUCCCUAACCCCAGACAUUGUUGACAUCGCCAGUGCAUCGACUGACGGAGGUGCGCCAGCAAGCCGUGAAGGCUCCCAAGAAACCCUGAAUUGCGCUGCGUUGCCUGAAGGGACGAAGCUGCCGCAAGCCAGUCCGCAUUGCAAGGUUGAAGACAGGUCGCUGCCAGUUGGCGAUGCAAGUGCCAUGCAACUUGCAAGAGAAGGGGCGAUUGUGCCUUUGAAGACACUGACAAUGGAUGUAGUUACAGUGCCCAAGGAUGGGUCGUCCCGGACGCCCAAUCCCACCAAAGAUCCGAUCGUCAUUGUGGCAUGCGAUGUGCGAUGGACCAACAGAAGCGACCAUGGCUCAGAUACGGAGAAGGUCGUCUUUUUAAACGGAGGUGUGCGUAGCGACGCCGCGAUUUUGGCCGGCAGCUGCAACGUGCCACAUGUGACGGUUGUGGCUUGCAAAGGGGAGAGAGACCUCGUGCUUUCAUGGCAGCGGUGGCUUGUCAAAAUGGAUCCGGACGUCAUUGCUGUAUUUCAGGCAAGGGAUACGCUGGGCGCCCUGCAAGAUCGCUUCCGUGCUCUUGGCAUUAAGGGCGGCGUGCGAAUCUCAAGACUGACGAACGGAAGCGAAAUGAAGGUGUCCAGCGUGGUGAUGUACAGCCCUGCAUGGGUCAAAUCGCAGGCGCGCAUGGCAUCUACCUCCAAUCAGGAGACCUGGAAAGUCGAUGUGGAGGGCCGAGUGGUCUUUGACAUACUGAGGCUGGUCCUCACUGCGGUGAAUCUGUCAACAUUCACCCUCACCGACUGCACCAUGUCGCUGUUGAACGAGCCCGUGGAGAGCGUCCCUCCCUGCACGCUGGCAGCCUGGUGGCGCGCCGUCCUUCAGAGCCCGGGCUCGGUUGAGCCACAGGACCUGGAGUUCGACCCUCGGGCCUGCCUGUCCCGUCUGUGCAGGUAUGCCAUGAGGCGUGUGGACGCCGUGAUGAAGCUGAUGGACCGCCUGGCGGUGCUCUCGGAGACCGUCGAGAUGGCCAGAGUUACUGGACUCACUUUGCCACAGGUCAUGUACAAUGCCCAAAUGAUCCGUUCCUGGAGCCUCAUCCUGCGCCACGCGCACCAGCGCGGCUUCAUCGUGGGCGGGCGCCUGUCCCCAGCCCCCCUGUCAGAGAGCCCCUACCUGAUGCACCCCCUGGAGCAGAGGACCACCGGGCUGUACAAGCAGCCCGUCACCCUGCUGGACUUCGCUUCGCUGUACCCUUCCCUAUUUUGUGCGUACAACAUGUGUUACUCCACGCUGGUCCAUCCGGACGACGUGAGGACGCUGGGAGCGGCCAACGUGACGGUCACGCCCACAGGGGCAGUAUUCGCAAAGCCGGACGCGCGGAGGGGCCUGCUGCCGUCGUUACUGGCCGCUCUGAUGCACGGGCGGGCACUCACGAAAGCAGCUCUGAAGAGAGUUGAGGACAAGGCACAGCGACAGGUACUGGACUCGAGACAAAAAGCGCUCAAGGUUGUCGCCAACGCCAUGUACGGCUUCACAGGCUCCCAGGCGUCUCCCCUGCAGUGCCUGGCCCUGGCAGACUCCUGCCUGGCGCUGGGGGCCUCCACGUGCAGGCGCUCCCGGGAGAUCGUCGAAGACCUCGCGGCGCUCGGCGCCCUGGGCCCCGAAGCCCGGGGAGCCCGGGUGAUCUACGCGCAGACGGACUCCCUCUUCAUCCUGUUCCCCGAGGCAUCCGUGGCGGAGGCAUUCGACCUGGGCCAGAGGGUUGCCGGCCUCGUGAGCGGGGCCCUGCCGCCGGAGAUCAGCUUGGCGAUGGAGAGGGUGUUCUGUCCGUUCAUGCUGCUGCACGUCAACCGGUAUGCCGGGAGGAGCUUUCAGGGGGGCGAGGGCGGCGGCGAAGGGGCGCUGGUGGCCAAGGGGGUGAAGAGCAUGUGGCGGCAGGCGGCGCCCGUGGUGUCGAGGACCCUGCAGGGAGCAUUGCAGCGCAUCCUCAUGGAGAAUGACGUGCCUGGGGCAGUGCGGUACGUGAGCGAGGAGAUCCAGCGGCUGUUGUCCGGAGACUAUGGCAUCUGGCACACAAUAAUGACGGGAGGGCUGUGGCGUGUCACCGGACAGCAGAUUGAGAAGGCCGCCCUGGAGGGUGACGCGGAAGACGGGGCCCAGGGGCCCCACGCAGCCUUGGCGGUGAGGCUGCAACAGAGGGACCCAGACCACAAGUUUUCACUUGGAGAAAGGUUGCAAUACGUCCUUCUAGCAGGUUUUCGUACACAGAACGAAUCUGCAGAGGACCCCAUCGUCGCUCUGAAGUCAGGCAUGCAGCCAGAUUUUGCACUGUACUGGCGGAACAAGCUGAUGAAACCGCUUUGUGAAAUAUUUUCGACGUGCCUCGAUCAAUCGCAGCUGCAGAAUCUGACUUCCGGGCCACACACCAUGGUUCACGUGGACCGCAGGCCCACGGAGGGGCAUCUGCAGUCACCCUCGCGGCCCACGGGCCUCCGGAAGUUUUUCAAGCGAACUGCCCAAUGCCUUGGCUGCAAAAGGACCAUGGCGUGGACAGCGAGCCCGCGCGUGGAGCAAACCGCGCCUGGUCCAUCGCCGGGACACCGCCCGCAGGUUUCUCCGCCGGGCACUCCGUCAGCGAAUGCGUCACAAGGACUCGCAACUGCCGUGGCGUCUCCGGCCGUGUCCAUCAAGUCUCCGACCGUGCUGGCCGCAUCAGUGCAUGGGGAUGACUCAUCUUACGACAGCCCCAACCCCCAGGGAAUGGCCUCGAGCCCGGCAUGCCAAGGCCGCAUCCCCAGGACGCCUGGGGAUGAGUCAUCCAGUGCAGCGGGGCUGUGCGAAAGUUGCGCCGAAAUGGCGGGGAAGUGGGAGGAAGUGUAUUUGAGGAACCUAUGGGCGCACGGGGAAUUCGAAGCGUCGUACGCCCGGGCGGCCGCCGCGUGCCUGGCCUGCCACAGCGGGGGGCUGAUGGGGCGCAUUGUGUGCGAGAACUCCGAGUGCCCGGUGUUUUAUUCUCGACUGGAGAGCGACAGGAGACGGGAGGAGUGUGUGCGGUCGCUUGAGCGAUUGGACUGGUAA